AUUUAAUUAAAAAUGUCCAUAUAUUCCGGCUUCGCACUUAGAAAACACGAAACUUAUUACAACAAGCUCCUCUUCAGAGUCAUUGAAAUUCUUAGUGAAAAAUGUCUCAAAGCAGUGAAAUAAAGAAUUCAAAGAACAAAAAGAAAACUCCAAAAAUGAAGAAUUCAGCCUCAUGGAAGAAAAUGACCAGCUAGAAAAUUGGAGUAGAGGUAUAUUCAAGGCCUACAGGGUUCUCAACUCAAUGGAAAAAUUUAAGCAUUUGGAUCCUAACUUCUCAGAUGCUUUCGAGAAGCUUUUUACAUUUGUUUGAAAAUAAAUACAAGAACCUAUACUCUUCAGUAAAUAAAACUAUAACAAUGGACGCUCUUGGUCAGAAUACUGACUUAAUCUCAGAGCCUGAAAAGAGAGAUCCAAAUGUUUUGUCAAGAUCAGAUGCUUUCCUCAAGAUUCAUAAGAGAAAUUUGGAUUCCGAAUUCAUUCAGAACCCAGUAGAUUCCUCUCUCCAUCUGAUCAAAGAGAACCGUGAGUACCGUUCAAAGACUCAACAGAGAGUGAGACCCACUAAGAAAUCUAAGAAAAGUACAGAUCAUCCGUUUAAGCCCUAUGAGAUGGAUACAUAUGCGAAUCAUUUCCCUAAUUCUAAAAGUCUCCAUCAACCUAAGAAGUCCAAGAACGGAAAGAAUAUUGAUUCUAACAUCAAAAUAAAGAAUAGGAUUGGAGGCUUUAAGAGCGAUAAACCUGAAUUUAGCCUAAAAUAAUGACAAUUCUCACCCUAAAAUAGAAAAUUCUGAUCUUUUACAUGAAACUAGAACCAGGGAGAUGAACGAACUGAUGCCUAGUGACAACAACAGCCUCUCGAUGAUCAACUAUAACCUAGAUAAGAUGAAUGACACUGAUGGAUGAAUAGAAAAUUACUCCCAUGAGAAAAAUGGACUUCAAACUCUAGGCCACACAUACCAUAAUGAUAGUACAAUUUCAAAAAGUGAGAGCAUGAACUUUACAAGUCUUGGCAACCCCAACAUGAGCAAUAACUUCCACAAAUAAGUUCAUACUAGACAUGAGUGCUAAUACUCCUGAGACUGACCACCCUGAUUUGAAACUUCUUCGGCCUCGUGCUAUAAAGAAGAUCCUACUUGAGCCCAGAAGAGGAUCUAGAAGAAGAAAACUCAAAAUUAAGAGCAAGAUUAUUAAGUCAAAAAGAACAAGAAGAUUAAAAGCAAACCCGAAAAGGCAAUUCAGUUCAGUCCAGCCUUACCGAGAAGAUCACAGAGAUAGCUACAAGCUUGGCUAUAGCAAAUUUAGUAGAAGCAAGUCCCUUUGGUUAAUUGGUUCUAGAGUUCUUGUAGAAAUUAUGAGGAAUAUCAGAGUCAUAGAAAUCUUCAGUACCCAAAAAGUUGUUCAAUUA